UGAUAUGUUUUUGGAACAAUUUGCAUGUGACAGAACAGUAGCCAAUAAUUAAGGCUCUGAAAUUUGAAACUUUGAGGUUGUUUUUUUUGACCAGUUCUAAUCCUAUGCAAAGUGAGUCACUGUCAUACUCAUCACUACUUUUAAGGAACUAAGAUCUUACACACAACAAAGGUAUGAAAAUGAAGAUGGAAAUCAAAGAGGAUGUUGAGGGUGGUAAGCACAAAAUAAUAACAGAACCAUUGUUAGGAGAAAACAAGAACCAACUUCUCCAUGAAACCAAAGAUCAUCAUCAUAAUCAUCCAUGGAUGGUUUACUUUACGACAUUCAUUGCUGUUUGUGGUUCUUAUGAAUUUGGUGCUUGUGCUGGAUAUUCAUCUCCAACUCAAGAUGCUAUCAGAAAGGAUCUUAGUCUGUCUUUGGCAGAGUACUCCUUGUUUGGCUCCAUCUUGACUUUUGGUGCGAUGAUUGGCGCAAUAACAAGUGGUCCUAUUGCUGACUUUGUUGGACGAAAGGGGGCAAUGAGAGUAUCAAGUGCUUUCUGUAUUGCAGGAUGGCUUGUUAUUUAUUUUUCUAAGGGUCCAGUUCCUUUGGAUAUUGGAAGACUAGCAACAGGAUAUGGAAUGGGAGUCUUUUCAUUUGUGGUUCCUGUCUUCGUAGCAGAAAUUGCGCCAAAAGAACUCCGAGGAGCCCUCACUACCUUAAAUCAGUUUAUGAUUGUUACUGCUGUAUCUGUUUCAUUCAUAAUUGGAACAGUACUUUCGUGGAGAGAUUUAGCGAUAAUUGGCAUGAUUCCCACUGCUGUGUUGCUUUUGGGUCUAUUCUUCAUUCCAGAGUCUCCUAGAUGGCUUGCAAAGAGAGGACGCGCUAAAGAUUUUGUGGCAGCAUUGCAAAUACUUCGCGGUAAAGAUGCUGAUAUAUCUCAAGAAGCAAAGGAAAUUCAGGAUUAUAUAACUAGUUUAGAACUUCUCGCAAAACCGAAGAUGCUGGAUCUGUUUCAAAGAAGAUAUCUGCGGUCGCUUACAAUUGGAAUAGGACUUAUGGUUUGCCAGCAAUUUGGGGGAAUCAAUGGAGUUUGCUUUUAUACUAGCAGUAUUUUUGAUCUAGCAGGAUUUCCUUCUGCGACCGGGAGUAUAGUUUAUGCUAUUCUUCAGAUUAUAAUAACAGGUGUUGGAGCAACCCUCAUAGAUAAAGCUGGAAGAAAGCCCCUACUUUUGGUGUCUGGAUCAGGAUUGGUUGCAGGAUGUAUAUUUACAGCAGUUGCAUUCUAUCUUAAGGUUCAUAAUGUGGGCUUAGGGGCAGUUCCGACACUUGCUGUAACCGGCAUACUAGUCUACAUAGGAUCAUUUUCAAUAGGAAUGGGAGCAGUUCCAUGGGUUGUGAUGUCCGAGAUAUUUCCUGUGAAUAUUAAAGGACAAGCAGGAAGCAUAGCCACAUUAGUGAACUGGUUUGGUGCAUGGUUAUGCUCCUAUACUUUCAACUUUCUCAUGAGUUGGAGCUCCUAUGGUACUUUCGUUCUUUAUGCUGCAAUCAAUGCACUAGCUAUAUUGUUUAUAGUUGUAGCAGUUCCAGAAACCAAAGGUAAAAGCCUUGAACAAUUACAGGCAGCCAUCAACGCGUAACAAGUUUGCAAUUUGCAAUGUUUGAUAGAACAACAAAGGAAGCAAGUUGGUGAAUAAAUAACAAGCCUUAUUUUUUAGGGUAAUGCUAACCUGUGCCCCAAGGACACAUGUUAAGAAAUCCACAAAUAAAAAUUUUGUAUUGAAAAAAUAAAUAAAAUUAUUAAUUAUAAAUUUUUAAUAAAUUCAAUACACAAUUUUUAAAAAUUUAUUACAAAUUAACAUUACCUUA